UUCGGAAAGUAAGCAACACAAAUUGAGAGAAGCGGGAAAAAACACGAAACAAUUCCCGCUCACACCCCUUUUCUCUUUCUCUCUCUAUCUCUAUACUUCUUUUUCCCUAACACACUUCACUCCUCAGUCGCAGUCACAAAUCCCGUAGAUCGGAAAUGUCUACGCCGCCGGAAUCACUAGUCGAUUUUAAUCUCUUCCUUCAAGAACAAUCAUGGCAUCUUCUAUCGUUACUACUCCAGAUCGGUCAUCCUGUUGAUUCCGAGUAUCUAUCUUCUCGUUGCCGCUUCUUUAUUGCUUCGCCAGAUUUCGUCCGUUACGUUGCUUCGCUUCCUGAUUCUCCUUUAUCCUUUAACAGUAACGGACUCUUAACGCCUUCUGCAAAUGCUGUUUAUGCAAUUGCUAGGUUUUUCUCCUUUCGUUUCCCUGAUUCAACUCCGCCUCCUUCCCGAAAACGCAAGUCGUUUUUAUCACUUACCGAAGGUGGAAGAGAACCGAAACGACUUGCAAUUGGCGAUAAAGUUCCAGAGAUUUUCACCAAGAGUUUUGAUGUUAGUACUGUGGAGGCUGCGAUGAGAAGAAAUUUCUCUGCAAUGAAGUUUGAGUCUCGGAUUAUGCUUGGUGGUAAUUAUAUGAUUCCUAUACGUAUUGAUACAAUUGGAGAGUGUUCAGGUUGUUCCAAACCAAAUUUUGAAUACAGGGAAGCUGAUAAUGAUGCCAUAGCAAACCCUGUCCGAGGAGAGAUUUCUGGUGCCCUGAUCAAAACCAGUGAGAGUUUUUUCAUUAGUGAAAGUGACUUGAGGAAGCCUGAGGGUGUAGAUAGAUUCACGGAGCAUAAUCCCUCUGAGGAUCUUGUUCCAGCAACUAUCGUCCAAGAUCAAUCACUGUGUAAUGAGGAUGUUGUUGUUGGUAUUGAGUCGGGGAAGAAAAUGGAUUGCUUUGACACAUUAUUACAUGAAUAUCCUGAGCAAAACAUUUCCCAUUCUUUGGAUGAUGAUGGUGUUUGUAGAAAUAAUACCGGCAAAGAUCCACUGAGAGAAUCAAACCAAAAAAAUAAAGAAGUGGAAAGGGGUUCAACGGAAGGAUUGGUUAAUUAUGACAAAGAUAGAGAGAAGGAAGAUGUUGCUCAGAGGCUCGGUCCUGUAGUAUAUGAAGAAGAGCCAACGAAAGAUUUGGAUUUGAAAAAGGGUAUGCGUGAACUAGAUUUGGGCAAAAACAAGACAGUAAGAAACAUGGUGACCCGGUCUACCUACAAAGUCGCUCAGUCUUCAAAUCCUAAGCAGCUUCUGAAAUCUUCUCGCAUAUUGAAGGGAGGACAGAAAAAUGAUAUACACUCAAGGACUCAAAUUCUAACAGAGUCAAUAGCCUGUAACAAAUUUGAUAAUGCUCCAAAAAAAAUUGAUCAACGUAAAAAUGAUGAGAACAUUAUUGCAAAACACAAACUAAAACUAAGUCGUAAAGAAAAUGUGGCUGAAAAUAUCUCCUCGACUUCCAAGGUGGAGAAAAAAGCACUUCCAUCUUUUGAAAGUUUUAUAAUAGAGGAAGAAGAAGGUUCAGGGGGUUAUGGAAUUGUUUACCGUGCUCAAAGAACUACUGAUGGCAAAAGACUUGCUAUAAAAUGUCCUCAUACUAAUGCUCAUAAAAACCAUGUAAAUAAUGAGCGUAAUAUGCUGGAGCGUUUUGGGGGUAAAAACUUUAUUAUAAAGUUUGAAGGUUCUUUCAAAAGUGGCGACAGUGACUGUUUUGUUUUGGAACAUGUUGAGCAUGAGAGACCUGAGGUUUUGAAAAAAGAAAUUGAUAUCAGUGAACUUCAGUGGUAUGGGUUUUGCAUGUUCAAGGCACUUGCCUGCUUGCACAAAGAGGGAGUUGUUCACAGAGAUGUCAAACCUGGAAACUUCCUUUUCUCUCGAAAGCAAAAGAAAGGCUACCUUAUUGACUUCAACCUUGCCAUGGAUUUAAAGCAGAAGUACAGCAUCGGAAGUAAAUUGAAACCAAGCCUUGGUGCAUCCAAUAAUAUUCCUCUUCCUUCUGGUUCUGCUCCAGUGGUUCAAGACAAGAAUCUCGGUGGAAUCAAGUCUCUAACAUCCAAUAAAAGAGAAUUGAUAGACUAUAGGAAAUAUUCUGAACUUAAUAGGCAUAUGAAGCCAAAGGCUAACACAGGUAAUCUGAAAAAUUGUCCCGAUAAGGCUGUUGCAAAUUUACUUAGAGCACAAGGAACAGAUGGAUCGGGUAUAACCUCUGCCAAAGAUGUUACUAGCACUAAAACUGCUUCUGCCGAUAGGCUCCGAGAACCCAUACCUUUCAAAGGAAGAAAGGAGUAUAUCAACCUUGUGCAGAAUUCUAUGCAAUGUGCAAACAAUAGUUCAAUGAAAAGCCCCUCUUCUCAAAGGAAAAGGGUUACUGCUCCUUCAGGUAAGGUAGAUGGCAGGACACUUUAUCUUACGCCAAUGCCUCUACAUUCAUCUGCAGUUGCUGUGGGGUUGUUAAGAAGCAAAGGGGAUGGAAAACAUAAAAGAGAGGGUCCAUGUGUUGGAACCAAGGGAUUUCGUGCUCCGGAGGUUUUGUUUAGGUCUCAGUUUCAGGGACCGAAGGUUGAUAUUUGGUCAGCUGGAGUCACACUUCUUUACAUGCUGAUCGGGAAAACUCCUUUCACUGGCGAACCAGAACAGAGUAUAAAAGAAAUUGCCAAAUUGCGGGGCAGUGAAGAGCUUUGGGAAGUAGCAAAGCUGCAUGACCGUGAAGUAUCCUUUCCUUUGGAGUUAUUUGAUGACCGGUACUUGCAAUCAUAUGACAUAGAAAGCUGGUGCAAGAUUCAUACAAAGAGACCUGAGUUUGUAGAUCACGCCCCAAAAUCAUUGUUCGAUUUGAUAGACAAGUGUCUAAAAGUAAAUCCCAGACAUAGGAUUAGUGUCGAAGAAGUUCUAAGGCAUGAGUUUUUUGCCCCAUGUAAUGAUAUCAUGAGAAAGCAAAGGAUGAUUCGACGUGGUCUCAGCUCAGACACUGCAGUUUCAAGAGCAGUCUGAGAUCUGUUUCAUGAAUUGUAGGUGUAUUUUGGUGUCAACUACUGGUGCACAAUUAGGUGUUACAAUACUUCUUUGACCUGAAAAGGGUCGAGAAAAAAGAGUUUCCAUACAUUGAUAGCUGUAUAUAUGAAUGCAUUUGCAGAGAAACUGGCACAUAAUGUUUAAGGUUGUUAAAUUAUAACUCUAUUUUGUAUGGAGAACUUACAGGGCCACCAAAAGUUAUGAAGCCAGCAAGUUGCAAAUUC